AUGGUUUCAGUGACUUCCUGCCUGGUUUCUUUCUUCUCUCUACAAGGGCUGACAGCUGAUGUAAACCCUGCCACUGUGAGAGAGGGAGAGAGGGUGACACUAARAUGUGUCACAACCUGUACACUGAGUGACCAUCCCACUAUUGUCUGGUUCAGGGAUGGACACUCAGUAUCCAACUCAGAGUUCCUGGCCAGCAUUCAGGAUGCUGGCAGCUACCAAUGUGCUGUUCGAGGUCAAGAUCAUCUCUCCUCUGAUUCAGUCUUUCUUGAUAUACAAUAUGCCCCAAGGAACACCUUGGUGUCAGUCAGUCCCUCUGGUCCAGUGGUAGAGGGAAGCUCUGUGAACCUGACCUGCAGCAGUCAUGCCAACCCAGGAGUGGAGAACUACACCUGGUUUAAGAAGGAUGGAACAGACACCUCACAGACAGGGUCAGGAGAGGUGUUGAAAUUGACUUCUCUAACCUCCUCUGACAGUGGACAGUACUUCUGUGAGGCCAGGAACAAAGAAGGGGCUCACAACUCUACUGUUCUGUCUCUGAUCCUGCAGGGUGUGACGAUGAGCUUCCAUUGCUUGUGA